UCCUGUUUAUUUCUUUGGCAGCCAGGCAGAGACAUCACAAUACUUCUGCCACACAAGUGCAGAAGAACUUUUGAAAGGCAUUUUUUGUUCCUUUUAAAACCUGGGAGAAAACUUGGCAGUCCUGGAAAUGCAUUUUAGCUUGCACCCACUCUACUGGAAUUAGUGACUCUGGCUUGGUGUAAACAAUAACAAGUUUCUUGACUUGAUCAAGGUAUAUUUUCUUCCCAAGUUUUCACUCCAGAGACAAACUGGAUUUGACUGGUGUCUCUUCAUCUUUACCAGCAGAUAUCUGAAACUUUUAACUAAAGUUUAUUACAAUGUCAGUUGAGAAAAUUGAGCUGAACAUUCUCUCUUCAGAAGUGGAUGGCAGAUGUGAUCUCCAGCCAGAUGUUAGUGAGACCAAAUUCAGCAAUUUGUAUAUGGAUUGGUGCAAACAUGAACUUCAUUCUUCUGUCUCUUUACCCACUGGCAUGAAUACUAGCAAAAGUGAGACCGUGAAGGAGCCCCCCUUAAAGCCUUCCAGAAGAUCCUUGCCAUGCCUCGCUCAGAGCCAAACCCACCCCCACAGCCUCAGCAAACAUUCCUCCUUCCUCCAGCCAAACCGAGUGCAGCCUCAGCCCCAGCCCCAGCCCGUGAGUGCAGGGACAUCAACCACUACAGUUGAUGUAGUCUCAGAACGAGCCAAAGUAAUGGAAACCUUGGAAAACAAUUUACUCAAGUUGUCAAACACAGAAUACAGUGAUCCAUUCUUAGACAUAGGAAGAGAGAAAGACACAUACACAGAUGAUUCAGAACAUGGGAAUUACGAUUCUCGUACAGAUCAGUCUCUGCUUAUUAAAAAUACGCCUACGAAACAGAAACCAGAGCCUCGGACUAAGUCAUCAUUGAAGAAUGAUAUGAGUGCCCUGGCAUCUUCAGGUCUCUUCUUCAAAGAUGGCAAAAAACGUAUUGAUUACAUUUUGGUGUAUAAAAAGUCCAGUCCACAAAUAGAGAAAAGAAGCACUUUUGAAAAGAACCUUCGAGCAGAAGGAUUGAUGCUAGAAAGGGAGCCAGCUGUUACAAACAAUGAUAUCAUGUUUGUUAAAAUUCACUGUCCUUGGGAUACCUUGUGCAAAUAUGCUGAAAGAAUGAGCAUCAGGAUGCCUUUCAGGAAAAAAUGUUAUUACACUGACUGGAGGAGCAAAACGAUGGGCAGUUUGCAGAGGAAUAUGAGGGAACUGAAAAGCUGGUUGCCCAGAAAUCCAAUGAAACUAGACAAAGAAGCACUUCCUGACCUGGAAGAGACAGACUGUUACACAGCACCCUUCAGUCGAGCACGUAUACAUCACUUCACAAUCAACAACAAAGACAGCUUUUUCAGCAACUCAACAAGAAGUAGGAUUGUUCACCAUAUGCUGCAGAGGACGAAGUAUGAAGAUGGCAAAUCAAAAAUGGGCAUUAACAGGUUGCUCAACAAUGGAACAUAUGAAGCCGCAUUUCCACCUCAUGAGGGAAGUCACAAGAGUAGGCAUCCCAUCAAAACACAUGGAGCUCAGAAUCAUCGGCAUCUGUUAUAUGAACGCUGGGCUCGAUGGGGGAUGUGGUACAAAUACCAGCCUCUGGAUUUGAUUAGGAGAUAUUUUGGAGAGAAAAUUGGCCUUUACUUCGCUUGGUUGGGAUGGUACACUGGGAUGCUCAUCCCUGCUGCACUUGUUGGGCUGUUUGUUUUCCUUUACGGAUUAUUUACCAUGGACUCCAGCCAAGUAAGCAAAGAGAUCUGCGAGGCAAAUGAAACCAUCAUGUGCCCAAUGUGCGAGAAAAAUUGCACACUGCAAAAACUUAAUGAAAGCUGCAUCUACGCAAAGGUUACGCACUUAUUUGAUAAUGGAGGGACUGUCUUCUUUGCCAUUUUUAUGGCCAUAUGGGCUACAGUGUUCUUAGAGUUCUGGAAAAGACGAAGAGCUGUACUAACUUAUGACUGGGAUCUCAUAGACUGGGAGGAUGAAGAGGAAGAGCUUCGACCCCAGUUUGAAGCAAAAUAUUCCCAAGUGGAGAGAGUCAACCCUAUCACAGGAAAGCCUGAACCUUUUCAGCCCUUCCCUGAUAAACUUAGCCGGCUGAUGGUUUCAGUGUCAGGAAUCUUCUUCAUGAUUUCAUUGGUACUUACGGCAGUGUUUGCAGUCGUGGUCUAUCGCCUGGUGGCUAUGGAGCAGUUUGCAUCUUUCCAGUGGUAUUUCAUCAAAAAGUAUUGGCAGUUUGCAACAUCAGGCACCGGAGUCUGCAUCAACUUUAUGAUCAUCAUGUCACUUAAUGUUGUAUACGAAAAAGUUGCCUAUCUCCUAACAGAUUUAGAACAUCCUAGAACAGACUCAGAGUGGGAAAACAGCUUUGCCUUGAAAAUGUUUCUCUUCCAGUUUGUCAACUUAAACAGUUCUAUUUUCUACAUUGCCUUUUUCCUUGGAAGGUUUGCUGGACGUCCUGGAAAGUACAACAAACUUUUUAACAGAUGGAGAUUAGAAGAGUGUCAUCCUAGUGGCUGCUUGAUAGACCUCUGCCUGCAGAUGGGUGUUAUAAUGGUUUUAAAACAAAUGUGGAAUAACUUCAUGGAGCUUGGCUAUCCGUUACUACAGAACUGGUGGUCACGACGGAAGAUCAAGAAAGGGGGGCAGUUACUGGAGCAUAAAAUUUCUCUACCUCAGUGGGAAAAAGAUUGGAAUUUACAGCCCAUGAACCUCCAUGGUCUGAUGGAUGAAUACUUAGAAAUGGUUUUACAGUUUGGCUUCACCACGAUCUUUGUUGCUGCUUUUCCGCUAGCACCUCUGCUGGCAUUGCUUAACAAUAUCAUAGAAAUCAGACUUGAUGCUUAUAAAUUUGUUACCCAAUGGAGGCGGCCCAUGCCUGCAAGAGCAACUGAUAUAGGAAUCUGGUAUGGAAUCCUCGAAGGCAUAGGAGUCCUGGCGGUCAUCACCAAUGCAUUUGUCAUUGCCAUCACCUCAGACUAUAUCCCACGGUUUGUUUACGCAUACAAAUAUGGCCCCUGUGUGGAUCAAGGCUACAGACAAGAAAAGUGUUUAAGGGGAUAUGUAAACAGUAGUUUAUCAAUAUUUGAUCUGAGUGAGCUUGGCAUGGGAUAUUCUGGGUACUGCAGGUAUCGAGAUUACAGAGCACCACCAUGGAGCCUAACUCCUUACGAGUUCACCUUGCAGUUUUGGCAUGUUCUAGCAGCUCGACUGGCAUUCAUCAUAGUGUUUGAGCACCUUGUCUUUGGAAUAAAAUCUUUCAUUGCCUACCUAAUUCCAGACAUGCCCAAAGACUUGUGUGACAGAAUGAGAAGGGAGAAAUAUUUAGUUCAGGAAAUGAUGUAUGAGGCUGAACUAGAGCAUUUGCAGAGAGAACGGAAAAAGAACGGCAAACAGUAUCACCACGAAUGGCCUUAGUUGACCUGAAACAACAGUGACAAUAUCAGAACUGAAACUCCCAGCGCAAACUCAAAGAGGGACAUGGAAAUGAGGCAAGGAAUUGAGCUGUGCGUAUGUGCUACUGUUGUGAAAUAAAAUUAUCAAGCUCUGUUGUAAACUGGAAAAAUCAUGUUACCAACAGACAAGCCAAACACCGAUAUUCCAUUUCUGGUCUGUGCCAAAGACAAUACAAAGGAAUGAAUGCUGGCUCAGCUGAAAUCUCUAGAAGCAAUGACUUUACUGAGCAACAUUAUGAAAAGAUACAAGAAUCUGAGAAAGCAAUCCACUGCAUAAUCAAAAAAGAAAAACCUGUUGUCUGUAAAACUUUCGUAAUAAGGGCAUGACCUUUUUAAAAAAAUGAUGUGCUUAUUCACUACUUCUACAGCUUUCAAUUGCUCAGAUAAAUUUGUCUUGCCUAUGGAAAAAAAGCAAGCAAGAUUAACUGUUGCCUUUGCACCCAUAAAAUGAUGCUCUAACAGUCUUUGAGGCUUCCCGUUUUGUCAGGUUUGUCCUAGUCUCUGGCUGAGAUCGUGGAUGUGACUAUGCUCUGUAAAAGGGAUGUCAGCCUGUUUGAUAUUUACUAUGCAGUUCGAUGUUUGCACAUCAUUUCUCAUCUUCUUUGUCUUUACAAUUCAGUGAGAAAAAAUAAGGUCAAUGUUUCUCUGAGGUCAAUAAAAUAACAAUUCUAUAGAAAGCGAAUGGCUGGAAUCCAGAGAUCUCUUCCACAUGAGGAAGCCAGUCCUGUAUGUGGAACAAGACUUUCUCCCUCUCUCUCAUGCAAGGAUGUUGCACGCAGGAAAUCACAUUGCAUCCAGAGAAUCACAGUCCAGUGCAGAAUACUGUUUCACAGAGCUAGCUGUCCACGUAGCUUAAAGUGUGUGCAUCUGCUCAUAGAACUGCAUGAGUGGUGUAUAUAUAUAUUUAUUUAUAUAUAUUUGUGCUCACAGCACUUCGGAUGCUGGCUUAUGCCUUUGCACUGCCGUAGAGACAGCACUCUUUGGGGGUGGGAGAAGACAACAUGGCUUUUUCUAUUGUGAUUGAUAUUCAAUGUGCAAAUAAAGGCCAUUUCCUCCUACCUCUAAAACGAAAAGUCCUACCCAUGCUCUGAUGUAGCGUGUAUAACCAAGUGGAUAUUGUCUUCUCUUUGAGCUACCUAGAUUUUCUAUAUUUCACAGAAACGUCAACUUGGAAUGUCUCGUUGCGUUGCAAAUAAGAAGCCAGUUUUAUUACUAACCUUAUGCAAGUUCCUGUUUAUGCAGCAUAUGAAAAGUUUAACAUCAUGACUUGCUUGUCCAAGGUAUAAAGAGAGAGGAAACAGGGCUGUAUCUAAAACAACUGGUUUAACCCUUAAAAUCAAAGCAAGGGAAUAGGUGUAUUUGCUGUAUUCCAGUAGUCCCUAAUCAAUAUUCCCUAACUAAGCUUUCUUCGAUAAGUUUGGCUAAUUUUUUUUCCAAAAAUAUAAUUGUACUAUCCAUGACUUGUACUUUGAUUCUCAUAGGUCUGCAACUGAAAGCAGUAUCUCUCAAGUCAUGAUUAUUCUACAGAAGAAGUAUGACAUAUAAUUCUUUAUUACUAAUUUCCUUUUUUUUUUCUCCAAAAUGGGAAGAAAUUAAGCACUAAACUAAAGCAAGUGGGCAGGAUUCACUUGUACAUGGGAGACCAAAAUGAUCCUGGUUUCCCUUUUGUAAAAAUGUCAGGUGCAGAAAUCUUUCUUAUUUAUAUCAACCAAAGUAAAUUUAAAUCAUUUUUCACUUUCCAGAAUCCAUAUCAUUCUAUAACAAAGCACAGCAAUGAUAUCAAAUAUAUUUGCAUGAACCUGAAUGAAUUCUGUGUUUUAAAAAAACUGAGUUACAGAUACAAUAUUACAAUACUUACAGGGACUAUGCAUUGCAUUGCUCCAUUCAAAACCAUAACUGAUCGAUUACGAUGCACAUGCCAUUAUUCGAACUCUGCCGAAUUUUUACUUGCUACAUUUCUCUCAUGUAAUUCAUGUUUUAUAUGAUGACAAUCUAGUUUAUAAUUUCACAGUUCCCUUUUAUAUAUGCAUCUAUGAAUGCCCCCAAUCCACAAGUGGUUGCUUGUGCUGAUAGAAUUUCCAGUGCAGUGCAAGAUGCACGGAUUUUCCCAUACAUUUCAGUCAAGGGAGUUGCAUGGCACAUGGAUAUUCUGGUGCUGAGACCUACUUCUGAAAUGAAUGGAAAAGUCUGUCUGCACUCGAGCUGCACGGGUGCACAGAGUGUACAUGAACCCCUGGAUCAGGGGCAUCAGUGACAAAGCACAUCUUUUAUUGGUGUGCUAUAAAACAUAGCUUUGCUAUUGUUGUUUCGCUAUUGCUGUUUACCUAAAUGCUGAUCGUCUUGGCUGGAUCCAAGCUUUAGAACUGAUGUAACAUUUGUCAAGGAACAAUGUUAGCUAUAACUCUACUUGUGCUUUCCUCUGUUUGUCACAGUUAGAUCUAUACCUAGAAACAUUCUGAUUGAUCACUUACAGUCCUACGUGUGACUACUCAGAAGUCCGUCUCUCUGAGUUCAGGUAUAGGAUUGUAGCCUAAGGGCACAGUCCAGUGAAAGGUUAGACAGAAAUAACAGCCUGCAAUUUGGAGCUGUAGGCCUUUUUCUGUCUAAACUUGCAUAGGAUUGUAUCCUAAGGUUGAAAUUUAUCAGAGAAUAACUCCCACUUAAUGCAAAGAAUGUUUAUUUUUUCAGUAAACAUUCCUAAGAUUGUGCCAUCUGGCUAAAGAAACACAGUGAAAGCAUUAUGAUCCACUAAGGACUACAAUUCUAUCAAUGGUCACCUGAGAGUAAGUCCCACUGAACACAAUGGGACUAAUUUCUGUGUCGACCUCAAUAGGAUUGCAUUUUGAAGUGUAAACCUGCUUUCAAUGUAAACAUGAUUAAAGUUUUAAUCCGGGCUACAAUAUUAAAUCCAUUUGCUCCUAGCUAUUUCCACUGAACAACUGGAAAGUCUAGUGGCUUCAGGUUUGCAGCCUUCUAUUAAGCACAGGAAAAAAUGAAGAAAAAAACUUUGCUUGUUUAAAUCUAAAUAUGUAUUAACAGUGGCUAAAGGUUUGCUGAUUCAUAGCCUUUUGCUUUAGCUGAGAGAAAUGCUCUGCUAGGUUUGGUUUACUGUGGUUGCAUUGAAUGCAAAUUAUCUUACAAAGAUAUAUGGCACACUCUUUUCUCAGGAAAUAUGUAUUACAUGAAUGCUGGUUAAAUAUCCUUUUUUUGUUUUUUGUAUUUCUAAAUACUUUGUCUUUCCAAACAACUUAUCAAUAUUAGCGGUAUGUGCAUGCAAGUUGCAUUUGUGGAUUCUCCAAUGCUGCAGAAAUGUCAGAACUAGCAUCCAUACAGCAACAACUUUAGAUCAUUGUGGAUCUAGUCUAUGAUAACUUUGGUCUAUGCAUGUUCUUACAGACUGCAUGAGCAGCUACAGUCUGGCUUUCAAAAUACUACAGUUAGUUCAGAAUGUUUUAACUAUUACCAACUCAACUCGAUGUCUUGAUGCAAUCAAAAGGAGCCUUGGCUCCAGAAAUAAACAUUUGUUUACUA